UAUGGGUCAUAUUAUAUGGUGGAUAUUGCAGCAAUCGAAAAACCAGAGGUUCCAUACUGAAGAAUGAGAGAGACAGCAAAGGGGAUUGACAGAGAUGGUGAUGAAAGAGGAGGUUUAAGGGAGGGUUUUAGGUCCACCAACUGGUAGUUAGAGAUAGAACUCCUUAACCAAACAUAUAUCCUCUAACAACACCCAAAGAAGAAGAAGAAGAAGAAGAAACAAAACAAAGAAAGCAUUACUGGAAGAAUUUGAAAGAAGAAGCAAAGAGAGAGAGAAGGAGGUCAGGUCACAAGUAGUACCAACUACUACAACUGGGUUUCAAAGCAAGAGCCUCAAAAAGCAAAAAGUUGUUUUUUUUUUCUUCCUCUUUUAUCUCCAAAAAGAAGAAACUAUGUUUUUUAAAAAGACAUAAGCAGUUAGAAGAGAAAAAGCUGUCAUCUUUUGAAAGGAGAGGGCAAGAGAGGUUUUGGGUUCAAGUUUGUGUGUGAAUCUCUCACGUGGGUUUUGAUGGAAAUGAUGGAUAGAGAAUAUAUGAUUGGUAAAAAAGAGCAAAAAAAGUGAUAUAAUUCAUUCAUUGCUCUUUUGUCUACCUUUGCUUCCCCCCCUCUCUCUAUCUCUUUGAGUUAGAAUUAUUAUUAUCAUUACCUUUUUAUUUGGAAGAACAAACUAAAAAAAGAUUUUUUUUUUCAGUUUGGGUUUAUUUUGUUUUAUAUUUUUAUUGUGGUGUAUGCAAAAAUUUCGAUGAAAAGUGAAGUGUUGGGGUGUUGUUGUUGUUCUGGGUUCUUGGGAUCACAAAGUGUUUGGUUUCUUAAGGAUUUUUGUUAUCAUCAGCGGAUCAGGUGGUGUCUUUGAGAAUUCCUGCUCCCCACAACUCCCACAACUGUUGCUGGUUUCCAGUUCAUAGCAUGACUAUGUAAUCUGACUUGAACGGGGGGGCUGGAAAGUUUCAAGAUUGUGAGAAAUAUGGCUACUUAUUACUCUGGUUCUAAUAAUCAAAGAGAUACCGCUCCAAUGAUCUAUUUAAGAGAAUCGAUUCCUGGGUCAUAUCCAGAUGCGUCAGUUCUUUCCGGUAAUACAAUGAUGUAUAUGAAUUCCGGGUCAUAUUCAGAUGCAUUUGCUGGGAAUUCACACCAGCAAAACAACUGCAUUGAGAUUCAGGCUGUCGAAGCUUCGAAUUCAACUUCACAGCAGCAAGAAAUCUUGUCAAACCUUGGUGGCUCACGAGUUGGGGAGCAUGAUUUUAGUGCUUGGAGGGAUGGUAGAAAUGAAAUGCUAGUUAUGCAUCCAAUGGGUGGUACUGCCAGUAUCAUUCAUAGUGGUCAAAACUUGCAAGGUCAAGGAUUAUCCUUAAGUCUUGGUACCCAACUUCCCUCUGGAAUUCAAAUGACUUCUAUCCCCUUCCGAAAUCCCAAUUCAGGUUUUGCUUCAUUCUUGAGUCCUAAUCCAUCACUUACUGGAGAGGGUGGCAACAGGAAUAGCUCGUCUAGAGAUGAACAGCCACGAAUUGGUGAAUAUCUGCCACCUGGUUUUUCUGGAGGCAAUCAAGAGUCAAAUAAAGGGGAUUUAUCUGCAUAUGGAGUGUCAAGUGUCGCAAGAACUUUUGCUAAUUCCAAAUAUCUCAAGGCAGCACAACAACUGCUUGAUGAAGUUGUUAAUGUUCGGAAGGCAUUAAAGCAGCCUGAUGGAGAGAAAAACCAAAGCUCACAAGACAACCGGAUGAAGAGUUCCAAGGAAGAUGGUGGGGGAUCAAAGAAUGUGCCUUCAAACCAGCAAGAAUCCUCCAAUAACUCUCGAAACGAGCUUUCACAUGCUGAAAGACAAGAACUUCAAAGCAAGUUAACAAAGCUGUUGUCCAUGUUGGAUGAGGUUGAUAGAAGGUAUAAACAGUAUUAUCAUCAGAUGCAGAUUGUAGUAUCAUCAUUUGAUGUGAUAGCAGGGUGUGGAGCUGCUAAGCCUUACACAGCACUUGCACUACAGACUAUAUCCCGCCACUUUCGAUGCUUGCAAGAUGCAAUUAAUGGUCAAAUUCAGGCAACACGUAGAAGUCUUGGAGAGCAGGAUACUUCGGAAAACAGUAAAGCAGUAGGAAUUACUCGUCUGCGUUAUGUGGAUCAGCAGCUGAGGCAACAGAGAGCUCUUCAGCAGCUUGGUAUGAUGCACCAACAUGCAUGGAGGCCUCAGAGAGGGCUGCCUGAAAGCUCUGUUUCAAUACUUCGUGCUUGGCUGUUUGAGCAUUUUCUACAUCCUUACCCAAAGGAUUCUGAUAAGAUCAUGCUAGCAAGGCAGACGGGCUUGACUAGAAGUCAGGUUUCCAAUUGGUUUAUUAAUGCACGGGUGCGUCUCUGGAAGCCUAUGGUUGAAGAGAUGUACAAGGAAGAAUUUGCGGAUGCAGAAAUGGACUCUAAUUCAUCAUCUGAAAAUGCAGUCAAAGCAACAAAAGGUGAUACAAGGACCUCUGAGGACAGAGGUGAAGAUCUGCAACAAAGUGGGAGUUCAUCAGCUGUAGAGAGAUGUAGCACUGGACAGUUGAUGGAUUCCAAAUCCGACUGUGUACCUGAUGUAGAUAUGGCAGGAUCAACCACUGGAGUGGGUUUGCAAACUGUCACUCAUGGAGAAGCUGAAACUGAAUAUGUGUUACUGAAGCUAAGGGAGCAACAGAGGUCUAAUGUCGAUGACUCUAAUCUCUUCCCUGACGCAAUUGCUCAUCCUGAUGGCGGUAGUGCUAGGUUUAUGGCAGCUGCUGCUGCUUACCACAUGUCAGAAUUGGGGAGGUUUGGAAGUGGAAGUGGAAGUGGAAGUGGAAGUGGUGUCUCUCUCACUCUGGGUUUGCAGCAUUGUGAGGGUGGUAGUAUACCUAUGUCAGGUGGAGUCCAUCAAAAUUUUGUUACAAUGAGAGGGGAUGACAUAUACAAUCCUGCAGCAUCUUCUGUACCAGCUGAAUCAGCAGAUUUUGAAUGCAUAAAUCCUGGUAACCGGCAGCACAGAAACCGGAGAGCGGGAGCCAGAUUCUCAACUCCUCCGAAAAAUCUUCUUGCUUGCCAAGGUAUUGGGAAGAUUAAUCCUCUGAAUAUGGAAAAGUAUAAAACACAGUUGUAAUAUAUCAAGAAAUUGAUUGGAGGGUCAGCAUAUUUGUAAAGAUACAUAAUUUUUGUUUAAUAUGUGAAGGGAAAAUGUACAAUUAGUUGCAGCUUCAGUGUUGAAGAUAAAACACUCCUGAUUUGAAAUAAAGGUAGGAAUUGGCUUGUUCUAUCCGGCUGGACACGAUGAUUUUGACUCUGCUAACUGAACAAAUAUAUCAAAUUAACAGUCAAUUUGUCACUUACCAUGGAAUAUAGUCUAAUGGCUAUCCUGGUUCACUACUUUUUCUACUUUUUUGUUAAAAUUUGAAAAUGAGCAAACAAUCAAACCUUCAGCAUUUUCAGAAACUUCGCAUGGAUUUUGGAUACCUAACUUGCUACUAAGGAAAUUGACAAUUCUUAGGACUUCUUUUGUGGCUGCAUCUUCUUUCACUGAUUACUGAACCGACCACCGUUGAGACUUCUAUAAAAGAUUCAGCCCGUUAUUGUAUACGGGAUGAAUAUAAAUCAUACUGUGUUACUUCGGUAUUGAUUUUGCUAAUAAACAACCCUUGUGAUCGGACAGAUCACAGUUACAUUUGUCUUUGUUUCCCUAUCAGAAAUAUUAUUUUCAGAAAACACUUCCUGUUUUGGAAAAAUCGAAAUUACGGUUUUGUAUUUGAAAAAAAUUAUCUGAUAUACUAUCACCAGCGGAAUUUUAAACUAAAAUUUAUGGAAAGAAUUAGAAAGCUACAACAUAUUUUCGAGAAUCAUGAGACAAUCUAAUUUCUAAUUUUUAUAUAUUGCUGCUUAGAAGUUGGAAGAUUAUAUCG